GACAGGUCUAUGUGUAUGGUGUUCUCACAGUCCUGCUUGUGUCCAUGCUUCUCAGGUGGAUUCUGGCUUGGUGUGGACCAGGAAGGCAUGACGGGGAACCUCUCCUUGACAGGCGUCUUUUUCGGGGUGGUGGCCAGCGCAUGUGUCUCUCUGAACGCCAUCUUCACCAAAAAGGUGAUGCCAGCAGUAGACGGAAACAUCUGGAAACUGUCCUACUACAACAACAUUAACGCCUGCGUCCUCUUCCUGCCGCUCAUUCUGUUGUUCGGAGAGUUGGGCAGUCUGGCCAGCUUCAGCCGCUCCUCUGACCUCAAGUUUUGGGGCAUGAUGACGCUCGGAGGAGUGUUUGGUUUCGCUAUCGGCUACGUCACAGGCCUGCAGAUCAAGUUUACCAGUCCACUCACACACAAUGUCUCAGGUACAGCAAAGGCCUGUGCUCAGACUGUCAUUGCAGUGGUGUACAACUCCUCCAGUAAAAGCCUGCUGUGGUGGACCAGCAACAUGAUGGUUCUUGGGGGCUCUUCAGCCUACACUUGGGUCAAAAGUCUAGAAAUGAAGAAGACUCCACAAAGAGUCCCUCCCGACUCAGCGAAGGAAAAACUGCUGCCAGAGGAGAAAGGCAACCUGGGAGUUUAACCAUUUUAAGUAGCCUGUGAAAUAUUUUACUUUUAUACAUAUGACGUGUGAAUAUGAAGUAAUGUAAGCUUCCUUCUUGAUGGAUUCAAAUUGUGGUUGGGUUUAAUAGUUUGUGGUUUUUUAAUGUUUGACUUGAGGCCUAAAGGAUUUUUUAUUUAUAGUUUAUUUAAAGCUGCUCACAUGCAAUUGGGGCCUUUUUACAUUAGUAUGUAUAAUACAAUAAUGUAUCUUUUAUUAUGUAGUCUACAAGUGAAGAGGGAACAAAUCAUGUUUUUAUUGGAAGGGAUGGUAUGCUGAUAAUAGGUGCUUUCACACCGCAGUACUUUUCCCACAAAGGUUCAUCAGAACAUAGAUCAUGAGAACUCUUUAGUUCUCAUGAUCGCGUUCACAUUGGAAUAAGUCCCUGGGGAAGGAUUAGGCAAAUGAAGGCGCUGACGUCACUUCUUCUUCUUCUGCUUUGGGUUUACUGGCAGGCCGCAAACAACUUACUUACCGUAGGUAAUCAUGAACCUUGUUUCAGCCUAUUUCAAAGACUACAUUAAAGAUGAUGUACAUUUCAA